ACCAAAAACCAGUAGCCAAGAGCUUUUAUCACUUUUCUUUUUAAAAACUCAUGGAUCAGUUUAUUUUCUUGAAUGUUAUAAUGGAGGUUACGGGUACUCUAAAUGAUCAGUCUUGCAAACUCAUGCUCAAGGCCAAAAAGUUGAUGUUCUCAGUCUUGGCUUUCCCUCUCUUAUUCAAUUGUUUAUCUUACUUGAUCUUUGAAUCCAAGUUUUUCUUACCAUUGACAGAUCCAAGCACCCCGGAAGAUGCUACCCAUCUUAUAAGAUACCUUAUAUAUUUGCCUCGUUUUUUCAGUUCUUUGUACAUAUUCAUAGCCGUCUCCGCCAUCUUCAACCUGUUAAGCGUUCUUGUUAUGGUCCACGCAUCGGCUCUUAUUCAUAAAGAUGAUAGCUUCAAGAUCAAAGACUUUCCAAUCCUGACCCUUAAAUAUUGGAAGGGACCUCUUGAGACCAAUUUUUACAUUUCUCUCUUGAGUCUUGGCUAUUGGUUCCUAUUCUUUAUUAUCCUUUUUCCUCUCGUUAUAUUUUCUACAAAACUCGAUGCCGUGGCAGCCAAAUAUCCCACUUUAGGGAUUCUGUUUGCAGUCUUGAAGUCUUACUCAAACUUUAUUUGGUACUUUUCUAUGGGCAUAUGGCUUCACGCAUUUGGGAAAGCCGCAGAGAAUGUUAAAGGGAUGAAUCCGAAACUAUUCCUCUUGAAUCUUUUCACUGGUUUAGUGUCAUAUGGAUUAGUAAAUAUCUUGCGGCUGAUCGAAUGGAGUAGUUCGUUCCCCGUGACCUUAACCUACUGUUUGGUCCUUGUGAGUUCCGUCUUUUUGGUGAGGAUGUUUCAGCUUAUGACUUAUACCGUUACUUAUUUCCAAUGUAAGAGCCUCCAAGGCAAAGACGCUGAUGAGUCGCUGAAUAUUUCACUACUCUCAUAGGAGGAUUGCCUUAAAUAUUUCAUAUAUGUACACUUGGAAAGUUUGGUUGUAUAUGUAUAAUAUAUAGCGAGGGAUUUUUGUUUUUGUGACUUGAUAGUACUACAACUGGUUCUAUAGAUUGCAAAACCAAGAUAAUAAUAAGAAAGAGAAGAAAGAACAAAUCACAAAUGU